UGUUGCCUUCUCGGUGCAGCUAUGGCGUAGGGAUCUUCACUGUUUGCGGCAUUGCGGCGUUUGCUGCUUUCCUAAUCGCAACCCUUUCCAUGCCUUUCCGUGAUCGGUUCUCGAAGAUCUUUCUACAGAGUAUUGAUUUGUGGAAUGCUGUGCGAAGGUUAAUGCGCACGGCGUCGUUUUCCGUGGUUAUGCGAGUUUGUUUGUUGGGCCUGCGUUGAGUUACCGAGGGAUAGAAAAUUGGUGGCGUGUUCUGCGUUGGCGUACCUCUUGUUGGAAAUUAAGGCCUGCGAUUGCGUCAUCAGGAACAUGUUAUGCUGUAGGAAGUGUUGGCAUUAAGGUUGGGGAAGAGUGCUUCGAUGGAGUGCGUGUUCGUGAGCUAAAAAUCAAACUAUAUGUAAUAUUAGUAUGGAAAGGUGAGUUGAAGGCUGCUUGAGUGCAAGCGUUGGACAAGUCUAGCAAGGAAGGAUUUCGGAUGCGUUCCUCCCUCAUACGUCGGAGCUCGGGUGCGGCAGAGAUGCUGAGGCGGGUGGUGAGGAAGGCGGUGCAGGCGAGCAGGUCGCUUCCUUGCGCGGAAAAUCGUGGAUCGCCUCUGCUCGCAGUCUUGCCUAGGAGUGGUAUCGACACAGCGUCGGAAAAUGUGACUGGAGAUCAGUGGAGAUGGCACGGGAAAGAUCGUAAUUUUACUGUCGAAGCUUGCGGUGAAAUAGGAUUUCGGGGCGUUUCUGUAACAGAUUUAUUAAACAAGCAUGGUGCAGACGAAAAUUUCACAAGAUAUUUGCAUACCAGAGCUGCUCAGCACACUGUUGGGUCUUCGACAAAACCAACACUAAACUUACGUGGGUUGUCAUCUCUUGUUGAUGCUGGAAAGAGUCAGCCUCCCAAGAAUAAUAAAAAUGACAUGUCAGUGAAGGAAGAUGCAGAGGCAGUUGUGGCUGAUGCUAGAAUUUUGAAAUCUCUGGCUGCAUACUUAUGGCCCAAGGACAACCCUGAAUUUCGUAGGAGGGUUACUCUUGCUUUGAGUCUCCUUGUUGCUUCGAAGGUGCUAAAUGUGCAAGUCCCCUUCAUGUUCAAGUAUGCCGUUGAUGCUUUAUCUGCUGCUGCUGGAGCAACUGGAGCAACUGCUGCAGCAUCAGCUGCAACAACGUCGACAGCUUUGAUGUUUGCUACACCGACAUCGGUUCUCCUUGGUUACGGUAUUGCUCGAGCUGGUGCUUCAGCAUGCAACGAGCUGCGCAAUGCGGUGUUUGCCAAGGUCGCACAAGGCACAAUACGCAAUGUGGCCCGCAAGGUCUUCAUGCAUCUUCACCACCUGGAUUUGAGUUAUCACUUGAGUCGACAGACAGGUUCUCUCAAUCGCAUUAUUGAUAGAGGCACUCGAGCUAUCAACUUUAUUCUUUCAUCUAUGGUGUUCAAUGUGGUUCCAACACUUUUAGAGAUAUCGAUGGUAGCUGGGAUACUAGCCUACAAAUUCGGAGCUCCAUUUGCGUGGAUCACCUCCCUCACUGUGGCUGCUUACACUCUUUUUACAUUGACUGUGACACAGUGGCGGACCAAAUUCAGGCAGGACAUGAAUAAAGCUGACAAUGCAGCUAGUUCACGUGCGACAGACUCUCUCAUUAACUAUGAGACUGUGAAGUAUUUCAACAACGAGGAACAUGAAGCAAAAAGAUAUGACGAAUUUCUUAAGAAGUACGAAGGUGCAGCCUUGAAGACACAAACAAGUUUGUCAUCAUUAAAUUUUGGACAGAAUGUAAUCUUUAGCGCCGCUUUGUCUACUGCUAUGAUCAUGUGUAGUCGGGGCAUUCUCGAUGGAACAAUGAGCAUAGGAGACCUGGUGAUGGUGAAUGGUUUGCUGUUUCAGUUGUCUCUACCUCUAAAUUUCUUGGGAACAGUAUACAGGGAGACACGACAGAGCUUGAUAGACAUGCACUCCAUGUUCUCUUUGCUUGAGGUGAAGGCUAGUGUGGCAGAUGGACCACAUGCAAAGCCUCUGCAAUUGAAAGGUGGCAGCAUCUCCUUUGAUAAUGUUCAUUUUGGGUAUCUCACGGAUAGAACCAUUUUGAAUGGAAUAUCGUUUGAUGUUCCUGCUGGAAAGAGCGUGGCUAUCGUCGGCACGAGUGGGAGUGGUAAAUCUACAAUUUUGAGGUUGCUGUACAGAUUUUUCGACGCUGAUUCUGGUUCAGUCAAAGUGGAUGGUCAGGAUGUGCGUGAUGUGACCCUUGACAGUCUACGCAAAUGUAUUGGUGUUGUCCCCCAAGAUACGGUUUUGUUCAACGAUACUAUUUUCUAUAAUAUCCACUACGGCCGAAUGACAGCUUCCAGAGAAGAGGUGAUUGAGGCAGCGAGGCAGGCAGCAAUUCAUGAUGUUAUAAUGAGGUUUCCGGAUCAAUAUGAAACCAAAGUUGGAGAACGUGGCCUUAAGCUGAGUGGAGGGGAAAAACAGCGUGUUGCUCUAGCUCGAGCUUUUCUAAAAGCAUCACCUUUAUUGCUUUGUGAUGAGGCAACAAGUGCACUUGACAGUUCAACUGAGGGAGAGAUCUUGACUGCGCUGCGAUCGUUAGCCAAUGACCGAACUUCUAUCUUUAUCGCCCAUCGAUUAACAACAGCAAUGCAGUGUGAUGAGAUUGUCGUUUUGGAAGAGGGUCGUGUUGUGGAGCGAGGCAGCCAUGAGGUGUUACUUGGGUUGAAUGGUCGAUACGCUCAACUUUGGAAUCAACAGAAUAGCACUGAUGGAGGUUCUGAUGUUGACAAACUCAAUGCAGCAUUGUAGUUGUGUCCUGAUGUCCGAUGUCCUGAUGUCAUAAUGUCCUUGCAGGACCAUUGACAAGGUGCUUUGUCCUGGUUUUUCAGAACUAUCUCACGCUUAACAGCCUUAAAUCAUCAGGGCAUCGGUACAUUGGAUUAGUUUUCAUCGAUUCCGAUGCAUCUGUUGUGGAUCUGUUGUGGAGUUGUGAUGAAAUGGUCUAUCCACUCUGACAUUAGAAUUGUUGGGCAUGUAAUAAAGUUCUUAUUUUUGAACUUAUAACACUCGAAGAUUUGUGAAAUGAAAUUUCGAGAAACAUGUGUUGGGUCCUAGGGUUCUCUCGGUCGAAAUCUCAACGCCUUUGGGGUCGUGGGAUGCCGAAAGAUGACCUGAAGAGUCCCUCACCAUGAAAAGGAAAAAUCACAUGUUUUAUUGCAUCA